UUGACUAUUUCCGCCCGUGAGCAAGAUGGCAUCCUUCUUCAGGCACGCAUGGGCUCCUCUACUGUUCACGCCGUGUCGAAUUAGCGUUGGGAGCCGUCGCGGCAUUCGCGGUCUAAGAAGGAAACCUCUCCGCGUGCUUCCUUCGGUUGCGGAGACGCAGGAGAAGCAACGGAUCGUCCCCAGCAAAAUUAAGGCCAGUUACAUCCCAAAAGCGCCCCCAAAGGAGCGCCAACCGGAACCGGAACCGGAACCCAAAGAGGCGGAGCUGCGUUAUGAGCGAGCCGGACCCAACGAAAAGAGACUGAGGAAUUUGGUGACCCUGGCUAAGUCCAGGGCGUUCCGCGAGAAGCACGGGAGAAUUCUGCUGGAAGGCCGGAGGCUCAUUUCGGAUGCUUUGGAGGCGGGAGCUAUUCCGCAGAUGAUCUUCUUUAGCUUAAUGGAGAAUCUGAAGCUGCUGCCAGCGGCCAAACUCAAACGGGCCACCCUCGUCAAAGUGAAAUACAAUGACAUCAAGAUGUGGUCGGACGUCAUCACUCCGCAGGGGUUGAUCGGAAUUUUCACCAUGCCCCAUCACACCAAAAUGACCUACCCCGAAAUCCCGCAGGAAGACGCCCUGCCCCUCACCCUCAUCUGCGACAACAUUCGGGACCCCGGGAAUCUGGGUACCAUCCUCAGAUCGGCGGCGGGAGCCGGCUGCUGCAGUGUGUUGCUUGUCAAAGGCUGCGUUGAUGCCUGGGAGCCCAAAGUCCUUCGGGCAGGGAUGGGAGCCCAUUUCCGGAUCCCCAUUCUUUCCAACUUGGAGUGGGACCUCGUGCCCAACUACCUGCCCACCGAAAGCUGCAUCCACGUGGCCGAGAGCUGCCACGAGAGACCCCCAGAAGAGGCCAAACGGGCUUCGCCAACCCAGGCUGCUCGCAGUGGCAAGACCCCCAAAUCCUCUAACCGGACGUCCCAGCCGCCCCGCUUCAAGGGGAGCCAGGAGGAGGAGGAGGAGGAGGAAGAAGAACCCAAUUUGCUGCAAGUCCAGCCUUAUUACAAGCCGUGGAUGGAGGCUUCCGUGGCCGUCGUGGUCGGCGGCGAGACCCACGGCGUGAGUCCCGAAGCCAAGCAGCUGGCGCAGAGGAGCGGCGGGAAGCAGUUGGCCAUCCCCGUGGUCCCCGGCGUGGAGAGUUUGAAUUCGGCCAUGGCUGCUAGCAUCCUCCUUUUCGAAGCCAAGAGACAGCGGCUGGUCAAGGAAGGCAGUGCUUCCAGGCUCCGGUUAAAACCAUGAGGACUAGCCUCCCCCGGAAUCUCGCCCUUUUUUUAUUUCGAAAGCCAAGGAAGGGCUCUACGUGUGGCGGGGCUGGUCGCCGUCUCCCUUUCAGC